AUGAGCUUUGUUAAUAAACUCAAUAACUUUGACACUUCUGAAGCUGCAGAUAUCACUAUAAAAACUAGUUUAUAUGAAGAAGCAUUUGCUAUCUACAAAAAAUGUAAUGAACACAUAAAUGCUAUAAAUGUGUUGGUGGAACAUAUCGCUAGUCUUGACCAUGCAGCUGAAUUUGCUGAAAAAUGUGACAUAAUUGAAGUUUGGAGUAGAUUGGCCAAAGCACAAAUUACUGAUCCUUAUAUUCGUGCUGAUGACCCAAGUAAUUGUUUAGAAGUUAUCAGUAUAGCAUCACAAACUGAAAAAUAUGAAGAUCUUGAAUUAUUGAAUAUACCAAAUGUUGCACAAAUUCAAAUUAUUGGUGAACGUUGCUAUGAAGAUGAUCUUUAUGAAUCAAAUGAGCUUAAAGUUGAUUCAG